AUGGCGGAAGGUCCGUACACCCGGCUGCGAUCGUUGCUACCGUUCAUCAAGCGCGAACACAGCCCGUCCAGCGAUGAAGCGAUCAAUCCCAAGCGACAGCGAGCCUCUGUCGACAUGAGCCAGACCCAUCCCCAAGACUCUCUAGCAGGUCAACGCACAGGAUCUGUAUCUCGCAUGGUACCUCCUGUUGCUGCCACAUUGGCCCAAGCAACGACACUAUCCGCAGUCCUUCAACCGUGCAGCUCAGGCGAGACACAAAGUAGCUCGUCCGAGACCGAGGCCGUCACGCAGAAGAUUGGACCAACAGCAAGCUUCAAAGUCAUCUGGUUCACCUUCAGCCCAUCUUGCGGUCGGAAGGGCUGCAAGUGCAGUCCGCUGCCCGUCUCCAAAGGGCGCUUGAUGUUCCUCUCGCCAUGGGCCAGGAGGGAGAUACAUAAGACGAACGACACCGCAUCCUUCGAGAUCCAACUGCCGGGAUCACAACGUAACUCUGUUGUGAUGUUCCUUUCCUGGAUGGACAUUCAUAAGCUCAGCAGCGUGGAGGAGAAAUUCCCUGACGUGGUCAACCCGACAAGCCUUAUCGACGUGCUACACUUGGCGUCCAGAUGGGAGAAUCCUCGCUACGAGAACGAGGUGCGCAGAGGCAUCAUCCGCUGGGUGGAUACGAGCAAGAUGACGCUGCAGAUCCCGAACAGCCGUGGGCAAGUCGCAGAGUUCGUGCGGAAAAUCAUGGUGCUCAAACACCUUACACUGAUCAAGUUGAACGCACUCCCUCAACUCGACAAAGUCUUCAACACCGACAGAGAGACAGCUCUGGCUUCCAUGAAGGUCCUCCAGGACGAGUACAAGAAGCUGCCCCGUCGGAUGAGAGAUGGCAAGGUCCGCUCGUGCGUGAUGGACUGGAAAGAUGAGCUGUUGCUGCCAGAGGAGUGA